AAACUAGUAGAUUUUCAACUUUGGUGAAUACAAGGCUAAAGUUCAAAAGUUAUCAACUUAUUUUUGUAAAUCAAUUAUAAAGUGAAGCGUGAGCGCAGUCUUGCAAAAUAAUUUCGAAAAUUUUGAAAUGACUCUUAAGUUGUAUUUUGAUCUUAUGUCACAGCCAUCUCGAGCAUUAUACAUUCUAUUAAAAAACAUUAAAUGUAAUUUUACUCCAGUGCCUGUAGAUUUACGGAAAGCCGAACAUUAUUCUGAAGAAUAUACAAAAAUUAACCGAUUUCAACGAGUUCCUGUUAUAGACCAUAAUGGAUUUGUGCUAACUGAAAGUGUUGCCAUCCUGAAAUAUUUAUCACGUGAAGGCAUUAUCCCUGACAGCCUGUACCCAAAGGAUUCCAAGCAAGCUGCCAGGGUUGAGGAGUUUCUAGAAUGGCAACAUGCAGGGUUGAGACUGCACUGUGCCAUGUUCUUUAGAGUAAAGGCCCUGGACCCAAUAAUAACCGGCAAAACCCCAGAGCCGAAGACACUGCAGGGCUACGAGUGCCGCAUGGAGAAUGCUCUGGGCACGUUCAAUGACUUGUGGCUCGGGCAAGGCAAACCAUUCGUGGCUGGAGACCACAUUAGUGUCGCAGACUUGCUUGCUGCGUGUGAAGUGGAGCAGCCCAGGAUGGCUGGCUACGAUGCUACCGCCAAGUACCCGAACAUCGCGGAGUGGAUGCGGCGAGUUCGCGACCAUUUCAACCCGCACUACGACGAGGGACAUGUCAUCCUCAACAAGAUCGUGCGGAAUAAGAGUAAAAUGGCCCCUAAACUUUAAUAGGAUAGUGGACGACCGUUAAAUUUCUGAAUACAAAUGUAGUCCUCGUUUUCUUCUCUGGUUAUUGACACAGGAAAAUAUUUUUUUACACAAUUUGAUGUAUAUUAACCAUAGUCCAUUAGCUAUGCCCAUUUGUUUGACUUUUUUUGCACAGAGAGGAAAAUGGGGACUACGUUUGUAUAAGGGCGUUCUCGCACGGUCGUCUACUUUCGUCUUAAGGCGUUUUGUAUAAAGCUUAUAAAUCCAUGGGUAAAAGAAAAUACGUUUCUGUAUAUCUACAAGACAGGUAACAUUCCAUGUUUGACUAAGGAAUAUGCGAGGAAGUCCAAAUAUUUCUUGUGGGGUGAUUCCAAAAAUGGACUUUAAGACGCACCCGACAUGAGCUAAAAUUCGAUAUUCCGUCACCAUUCUGAGGUUGAAUUUCCGAUUUUUCCAUACAUAAACAGGUGUCAAUUUAUUCUGUAAUCUAUGUCCGUCCGUUUGUACCUUUAACUAACAUAUCAAUUUCAAACUAUGUAUAUGCAUUUGCAUUGCAUUAUAUUAUUAUAAUUUUUUAAGUCUUUGAAUGUUAUCCAUAAAUAAAUUAGGGGUCAUCCAUUAAUUACGUCACGCCAAUUUCUAGGUUCAUGUCCCUCUCCCGCCAUCCUGUCACAUUUGGUAAACCCCUCCCCUUGGGGUGACGUCACAUUUUUGACAAUUUUGUCUACAACGAAAUCGGCAAAUCGAAUUAGGUAUUAUUAAUAUUUUAUCGAAAUAUUUUUGAUAAAAGAAAUAUUAGUAGUUUUAUAAUUCAAAUUUAAAGUGAUCGGGAAAGAAAAUUUAAACGAAUAAAAACGUAUCAUUCCAAAAACUUGUUAUUUAACUGUGCAGCGAAUAACAAAAUAAUAAUUUUCGGUUACUUGUGAAGUUAAAGUAACGUCACAAAUUUUGUGACUCCCCCCUUUCCCUUGUCACAACAUGCCACAUUUUCUUGACCCCCUCCCUCCCCCUUAACGUGUGAUAGUGUGAUGUAAUUAAUGGAUGACCCCUUAUUAAUUAUAUAAGAACUAUAUUUUAUAAGUAGGUACUUUAUUUUACGGGUAAUGUGGAAUCUUUAUUAUUUUUUUAUUGCGUCUUACUGUGUAUACUUUACAAAUAAAAUAAUUUAUAUUUAUACUGAAA